GUAUAUUCUACCAAUUAAAAGUUGAAACGUGACUAGUGCCUUUCUGCAGUUUGCAGUGAUAUGGACAAGUUUUUGCAACAAAAAUAUGUAUAUGCUACUGUGCAUAUGUAUAUAUUUCAAUGUUUACGGAACCAAACAUUAAUUAAAUUGUGAAAACGAUGAAUUUGUAAACGAGAAAAAUGUUAUCGAAACACAAUAGAUGAAUAAUUUUAAAUGAGUGAUGGAACUACGAAAGACAAACGAAUAUUAAACGUAAGUUCAGUGUAGAACAAUUUUAACAAUCAACAAAACUUUGAACAAUAUAGAGUAUUAAUUAAAGAUAUUUAAGUUUUUCCAUACAAUAAAGCGUUAUAUAAAAUAAGUAUAGAAAUGCUUAAUGCAUAUGACAAAGAUUAUAGAGUUCUGGAUUUGGUACGGCAACGUGAAAUACAGGAUUCUGCAACGUAUACAGUUUCACAAAAAUUACAUGUUACAGAAAAUUUGAUUUCUCGAUUAGGGUUAGAGAAAGAAUUAGUUGGACACGCUGGAUGUGUGAACUGUUUAGAAUGGAAUGAAAGUGGACAAAUUCUUGCUUCAGCAUCGGAUGAUAUGUAUGUCAUCUUAUGGGAUCCAUUUCGAUAUAAAAAAAAAUUAGUACUGCAAACAGGUCACGAUGGAAAUAUAUUUUCUGUUAAGUUUAUGCCAAAAUCAAAUGAUAGUAUACUAGUAUCGGGUGCGGGGGAUGGCGAAGUACGAGUUCAUGAUUUAACGCUCUCUGAACCUAUACUUAUAUGCAAUUGUCAUAUAAAUCGUGUCAAACGUAUUGCCACUACGUCUACUGUUCCUUUCCUGUUUUGGAGUGCUGCGGAAGACGGUCUUAUUUUACAACAUGACAUUCGUACUCCACACAUUUGUAAAAGCAAUGAAUUUAGUACUGUAUUAAUAGAUCUUGUCAAUCAUAUGGGUCGAUAUGCAGAAGCUAAAUGUGUCACAGUGAAUCCAAAACGACCAGAAUUAAUAGCUGUUGGAGCUAGUGAUGCUUAUAUACGAAUGUAUGAUCGCAGAAUGAUUAAGUUUUCUCAGGUGCCUAUUAUUUGGGGCCAUCGCGGUGAUUGGGAGAGGGGAAAUACACGUCGUGCUGGUGAAGGUGAUCCAGAUGAGAAUAUACCAUUGGGUUGUGCACAGUACUUUAUCGCGGGCCAUCUGCGGUCUCGACAGCGUGACAUUAAUAGGAGUUUUACUACUACAUACUUAACCUUCAGUGCUGAUGGGAAUGAACUUCUUGUUAACAUGGGUGGUGAACAAAUUUAUUUAUUUGAUAUUAACAAUCCAAAGAACGUAAAAACAUGUUUCGGUUAUACAAAUAUUUACUCAGGGGACUUUGGGAAGUGUUGCAUGGAGAAAGAUAAUGAGGAUAAUAUAGAGUAUGCUACAAAAAAUGUGAAAGUCCUGCCACCUCAUGUUGAAAAAUUAAAAUCUCAAGCUAAUGAAUGUUUUGAACAACAUAACUAUAUAUUGGCAAUUACAUUAUAUGCUAAAGCAAUUAGUUAUUGUCCUACAGCUGCUGUGCUUUAUGCUAACAGAGCUGCAGCAUAUAUGAAACGAACUUGGGAUGGUGAUAUAUAUGCAGCUCUUAAAGACUGUCAAAUGACAUUACUUCUCGACCCAGGACAUGUGAAAGCACAUUUUAGACUGGCGCGUUGUCUAUAUGACUUAAAUCGUGCAGCCGAAGCUGAUAAAGUACUUAAAGAAUUUCAACAAAAAUUUCCUGAAUAUGCAUCUAAUUCUGCAUGUCAAGCAUUAAGAAUGGAUAUAAAGGAUGCUAUAAAUUCUGGUAGAGAUUAUAAAAUAAGUCAGUCAAUGUAUCAAAUAUCAGAAUAUGAAAAAGAAUGGCGACGUAAUGCAAUUGACUACAAAAUGAGAUUUUGUGGUCACUGCAACACUACAACUGAUAUAAAAGAGGCUAAUUUCUUCGGAAACAAUGGUCAAUAUAUUGUGGCAGGAUCAGACGAUGGUUCCUUUUUUAUUUGGGAUCGUAAUACCGCGAAUAUUAUCCGUGUAUUGAGAGGAGAUGAACGAAUUGUAAAUUGUCUUCAACCUCACCCAUCUACAUGUUUAUUAGCUACUAGUGGUAUUGAUCCAGUGAUUAGAUUAUGGAGUCCCUUACCUGAGGAUGGUAGUAUUAAUGACAGAAAAAUUCAGAAUCUAGAGGAUGCCGCAAAUGCAAAUCAGAUACGUAUGAACACCGAUCCAUUUGUGGUAACGCUUAUGAAUAUGGGAUAUGGAUUUCCUAUUCAGCAGGCUGAAUACAGUGAAGAUGGCGAUGAACAACAGGAUCAGUCAAUUACACAACCUUUGAAUUGUAGACCGAGUUAAAUUUUUUAAAAAUUGCAACUAUAUAUUUGAAGACUUAUUCAACGCUAUAUUGUAGAAUAUUAAUACUUUAAUUCUAAUUAUCUAUUUUUUUAUUAAUUCUUUGUAGCUGUUGACUUUUCAGUAAAUAAAAUGUUAAACUAUA